AUGGCUUCAACCACGACUGGAAAAAUAGCUGAAUUUCGUCGUUUAUUGUCUCGUGCUCAUUCCGUUCUUGUAUUAACCGGUGCAGGAAUAUCAGCUGAAUCUGGUGUUCCAACAUUUCGUGGAGCUGGAGGGCUUUGGAGACAAUUUCGUGUUACGGAUUUAGCAACACCAGCAGCCUUUUCACGUUCACCUUCUCUUGUUUGGGAAUUUUAUCAUUAUCGUCGAGAACUUGUCAGAACAAAACAACCAAAUAAGGCUCAUAUUGCAAUAGCUCAAGCUGAAGCAAAAUUUGAAAAACAAGGAAAAAGAUUUAAUGUUAUUACACAAAAUGUUGAUGGACUUCAUCGUAGAGCAGGAACAAAAAAUUUAAUUGAAAUGCAUGGAAAUCUCUUUAUGACUCGAUGUACUUCAUGUGGUUUCACUGAAGAAAAUAAUUCAAGUCCCAUUUGUGAAUCAUUAAGAAAUCGAGGAUCACCAGCUGAGAAUGGUCCUGAUAUUAAUGAAAAAGAUCUUCCUUGUUGUAGAAAAUGUAAAUCUCUUGUUCGUCCUCAUAUUGUUUGGUUUGGUGAACAAAUUUGGGAUGAUGUUUUAGAAAAAAUUGAAAAAGAAAUUCAAUUAUGUGAUUUAUUUCUAGUUGUUGGAACAUCAUCGGUUGUUUAUCCAGCAGCUGGUUAUGCAUCGAUUCUUUCUCAAAAAAAUAUUCCUAUUGCUGAAGUUAAUAUUGAAACAACGCCUUCAACUUCUAUUGCAACUUAUCAUUUUCAUGGUCCUGCUGCACAACUUCUUCCUCAAUUAUUAUCAAGCAAUAUUGAUGAUGAAUAA